AUGCCCCAGCCGUGGCCAGCAGGGGUGGAGGCGAGCUGCCACGGCUGGUUCCGGGUCACGGCGUCCCUCGGGCCGCACUUCCCGGCGGCCGCACCCGGGGCCGGCACCCUCGCCAUGGCCUCGCUGGAGGAGAAGCUGAGCUGUCCCAUCUGCAUGCUGCUCUACCAGGACCCGGUGACGCUGCCCUGCGGACACAACUUCUGCGCGGCGUGCAUCCGGAAGUGGGGACACCACUGUCCCAACUGCAGGAACCCCAUCCCCGACGCCACCCAGCUGCACCGCAACGUGCUGCUCAGCGAGCUGGCGGAGAUGGUGCGCGCCCAGCUGGGCUGCCGCCCCGGCCCCGGCUCGCCCCGAGACCCCGGGGCCGCGCCCGGGUCCGAGGAGCGCUGCCCCCGCCACGGCUGGCCCCUGGAGCUCUUCUGCCGCACCGAGGGCCGCUGCGUGUGCUGCGCCUGCACCGUGCUGGAGUGCCACUGCCACCAGAGGGCGCUGUUCAGCACCGUACGGCGCGAGCGCGAGGAGCAGCUGAGAGCUGGGCUGGAGCUGCAGCCGCAGCAGCUGAGCCAGGCGGAACGGCAGCUCCAGGAGCUGAAGGAGCAGGUCCAGCAGGUCCAGAACUCAGCCUGCACCCUGGUCUCCGUGAUCUCUAGCAAGUUCAGCAUCCUGCUGCAGGCCUUGGAGAGGCGACGGUCCUGGGCACUGCGGCUCGUGGAGGAGGCUAAGAGCCGCGCGCUGGCGCAGGCCGAGGAGGAGGAGCAGCAGCUGCAGCGCCACCUGCAGGCGUUGGCCGAGUACGGCAGCCGGGCCCAGAGCCUCCUGGAGCAGUCGGACGACCGCACCUUCCUCCAGGAAUCGCAGCACCUGGUGCCCCCAGGGCCUGUCAAGCCCCUCACCCCUCUGCAGUGGGACACAGAGCAGCAGGUGGGCACUCUGAGGAAGUGGCUCAGCCAGCUGGCGGGGCUCCUGGAGGAAGAGGGUCACGUGCAGGCUCCGGCUGAGGCUGCUGGCUUGCACCCCCCUGAUGCCCCGGGUCCAUCAACACGGAUCCCUAGCACGCUGUGUCCACGGAGGAAGAAUCUCAGGCAGAAUUAUCGCAAUCUGACCUUCGACCCAAACAGCGCUAACCGCCACCUGCACCUGUCACGGCAGAACCAGCGAGUGAAUCACCGGCUUCGGCCCCGCGACCAGGUCGCGAACGACAGCUUCGAGCUCUGGCAGGUGCAGUGCAGGCAGAGCUUCGCCAAGGGGCGCCACUACUGGGAAGUGCACACCUCCGGGCACUCCGUGACCCUGGGGGUCGCCUACAGGGACCUGCCGCGGCGCAAGGUGGGAAGCGUCACCGACAACAUCGGCCGCGGGCCCAACUCCUGGGGACUCCGCAUUCAGGAGGACAGGGCCCAGGCUUGGCAUGACGGCGAAGCCCAGCGCCUCCCAGGGGUGUCCGGGCGGCUCUUCGGCAUGGAUUUGGACCUGCCCGCCUGCCGCCUCUCCUUCUACAGCCUGGAGCCUGAGACCCGGGUCCUGCACACCUUCCACGCGGACUUCACCCAGCCCGUCUUCCCCGUCUUCUGGCUCCUCGAGGGAAGGAAACUGACCCUGUUACACGGGCCGGAGGCCACGCCCACCCCGGAGCUCCAGCCCACGCCCACUCUAGCACUCCAGCCAAAGCCACCCAACCCAGAGCUCCAGACAACGCCCACCUCAGAGCUCCAGGCCACGCCCACCCCAGCACUCCGGACCACGCCCACUCCUGCACUCCAGGCCACGCCCACCCCAGCGCUCCAGCCCUCGCCACCCAACCCAGAGCUCCAGACUAUGUCCACCUCAGAGCUCCAGACCACGCCCACCCCAGAGCUCCAGGCUGAGUCCACCUCAGAGCUCCAGACCAUGCCCACCCAAGAGUUUCUGACCACACCGAACCCACAGCUUCCGGCCACGCCCAUUCCAGAGCUCCAGGCCACUCCCACCCGUGAUCUCCAGACCAUGCCCAACUCAGAGCUCCAGGCUGAGUCCACCUCAGAGCUCCAGACCACGCCCACCCCAGAGCUCCAGGCUGAGUCCACCUCAGAGCUCCAGACCACGCCCACCCCAGAGCUCCAGGCUGAGUCCACCUCAGAGCUCCAGACCAUGUCCAACCCAGAGCUCCAGACUACUCCCACCUCAAAGCUCCAGACCAUGCCUACCCCAGAGCUCCAGGCUGAGCCCAUCCAAGAGUUCCUGACCACACCCAACCCAGAGCUUCGGGCCACGCCCAUUCCCGAGCUCCAGGCCACGCCCACCCGUGAUCUCCAGGUUACGCCCAACUCAGAGCUCCAGGCUGAGUCCACCUCAGAGCUCCAGACCAUGCCCAUCCCAGAGCUCCAGGCCAUGUCAAACCCAGAGCUCCAGAUUACUACCACCUCAAAGCUCCAGACCAUGCCCACCCAAGAGUUUCUGACCACACCCAACCCACAGCUUCCGGCCACGCCCAUUCCAGAGCUCCAGGCCACUCCCACCCGUGAUCUCCAGACCACGCCUACCUCAGAGCUCCAGGCCACGCCCAACCCAGCGCUCUGGGUCAUGCCCACCUCAGAGCUCCAGACCAUGCCCACCCCAGAGCUCCAGGCUGAGUCCACCUCUGAGUUUCCGACCACGCCCACCUCAGAGCUCCAGGCCACACUCAUCCCAGAGCUUCAGGCCACGCCCAUUCCAGAGCUCCAGGCCACACCCACCCGUGAUCUCCAGGUCACGCCCAACCCAGAGCUCUGGGCCAUGCCCACCUCAGAGCUCCAGACCAUGCCCACCCCAGAGCUCCAGGCUGAGCCCAUCCAAGAGCUCCUAACCAACCCCAACCCAGAGCUUCGGCCCACGCCCAUUCAAGAGCUCCAGACCACGCCCACUCAUGAUCUCCAGACCACAGCCAUCUCAGAGCUCCAGACUACACCCACCUCAGAGCUCCAGGCCACGCCCACACCGGAGUGCCAGACCAUGCCCAUAUCAGAGUUUCAGACUACAUCCACCUCAGACCUCCAGGCCACGCCCAACCCAGAGCUCCAGACCUUACUUACGCCAGAGCUCCAGGCUAAACCCACUUCAGAGCUCCAGGCCACACCCAUUUCAGAGCUUCAGGCCACGCCCAUUUCAGAGGUCCAGGCCACGCCCAACCCAAAUCUUUGGGUCAUACCCAUUCCAGCGCUUCCAGCCACACCCAUUCAAGAUCUCCAGACCUCGCUUACCUCAGAGCUUCAGGCCACGCCCACCCCAGCGUUCCAGGCCACGCCCACCCCGGCGCUUCAGGAAGGUCCCCUGGGGGACAGCAAAGGAAUGGCACAUGGAGUGGAUGCAGCUGCCACCUUGCCAGUGUUCCCCAGCCUGGGGGCAGAAGCCAUCAGUCCCCUGGGAGAAGAGCUCACGAUCACGCCCACCACAGAGGACACAGUGACCAAGAAGUGA